GGGGGGAGCGGAGGGAGGAAGCCGGAAGUGGACCGGGCUCUGGCCGAGUCCGAGCGUUGUGGGUUCGGGCUCCGGGAUCGCUCGGCCGGGGAACCUGGCGAGCGGACCCGGGGCGAGGAGCGGAGGGGACGGGCCCGGAGCUGCUUGGCGCCACCCCCAAGCGGAGGCUUUCGGUCACCCGAAGGUGGGCAGCGGGCGAGCAGCGAGCAAGCAGUCCCAGAGGAUCGGGCCCAGCCCGGCGGGCUCCCCGGCAUGUACGCCCCGGGAGGCGCAGGGCUGCCUGGUGGGCGCCGGCGGAGAGGCCCAGGGGGCAGCGCCCUGCCCAAGCAGCCGGAGCGUAGCCUGGCCUCGGCGCUGCCGGGGGCCCUCUCCAUCACUGCCCUGUGCACCGCGCUGGCCGAGCCGGCCUGGCUGCACAUCCAUGGGGGCACCUGCUCUCGCCAGGAGCUGGGAGUGGCCGACGUGUUGGGCUAUGUGGACCCAGACCUGCUCAAAGAUUUCUGCAUGAAUCCCCAAACGGUGCUACUACUGCGUGUCAUUGCUGCCUUUUGCUUCUUGGGGAUCCUGUGCAGCCUCUCUGCCUUUCUUCUUGAUGUAUUUGGGCCCAAGCACCCCGCUCUGAAGAUCACCCGCCGCUAUGCCUUUGCCCACAUCCUUACAGUCCUUCAGUGUGCCACAGUGAUUGGCUUUUGCUAUUGGGCUUCAGAGCUCAUCCUGGCUCAGCAGCAGCAGCACAAGAAGUACCAUGGUUCCCAGGUCUAUGUCACCUUUGCUGUCAGCUUCUACUUGGUGGCAGGAGCAGGAGGGGCCUCCAUCCUGGCCACCGCUGCCAACCUUCUACGCCAUUAUCCCACUGAAGAAGAGGAGCAGGCACUGGAGCUGCUAUCAGAGAUGGAAGAGAAUGAGCCAUAUCCAGCCGAGUAUGAGGUCAUCAAUCAGUUCCAACCACCCCCUGCCUACACGCCAUAAUGCGGUUGGCUGGGCUUCUCUCUCCGGUGCCCUAUUCCCCUGACCCCAUUAUCUUUACUCCCCCUAUAAGCAGAGGAGCUCCCUUCUUAUAGCACUUAGUUCUGAUGUCUGAGAGUCUCCACCAACUCCUCUAAAUGAGAGAUACUACAUCGAAGACUUUUCAUCAGUCUCUUCUAUUGAAAAAAGAAAUGCAUUCAUUUAAAAUCUUGUCCUCUUUCUCUCCCCUCCCCCUCCAACUCCAGGUCUUCUCUACUCACCAUAGCCACUACCACUGGGGUGAUCGUGCCAGUUUUCUCUCUUUUUGGGUCAUGUUUUUAGGACUCAGAUAUUCCUCAUGUGGCUCAGAGCAUUUGCCCCUCCUAGGUAGAUUUGGCCAUGUCUGUGAAAAGAGAUAUGUGUUCAAUGGCCCCUGGGCAAAGGUGAAUGCAUUCUGCCGACUUGCUUGGUACAGAUACUUUUUUCCCACCCCACGGCUAUAGCUUUGGGAACAACUGUAUCUGUCAAUCCACCCAAACCUGUUCCUUCUUUUGAUCCCCCCCAAUCCGUGAUGCACACUAUGAUGGAAAUCUUUGCACUUUAGUCUUUGGGUUUCCUCCUCCUUCUUGGCUGCAUUUGGUGGGGAAGGUGAGACACUGGUAGAAAUCACAGGAGUCUCUCUCUCUCUCUCUGUGUACCCCUUGGUGCAGAGGUGGCAGGAGCUGAGCAGAUAAGAACAGAAUCAGUGAAGGGCCUGAUGGGAGCCUGCCUCUUAGGAGAAUGAGAGCCUGCUGGACCAAGUCUCUCUACCUUUCACCUUUGAAAAUGUGGUGAUUUUUAAGGGGGGAGUGGGAAACUAUCUUUUUAAGGAGGGACAAGAAAGUUGUAAUUUUUCAGAUUUUUAUUCUGGUCCCUUUGGCCUCAACAGUAUUUCAGGCCUGAUCCCCUUGUAAGCCCACCUUCCUUCCUCCUAGAAUCUUUCACAUCCAAACCCACCCUUCCACCCUCUCUGUCAUUGUUUCACCUAUUUUGAGGAGGUGGAGUUAUUAUUAGGUGAGACAAGAUAUUCUGCCUUCCUCGUGGGGUGCCAAGGACUAAGCAGCUGCAGGGACCUGGUCAUCAUGGUGCUCCUCAUGACUCAGUGAUGUUGAGCCCUGCCUCACAUCAGGAACAAUGACAUCAGAAGGCCACAAGACCCCACCACCACCACUUUACACGUAGGAACUGAAACCAAUGGGGGGCCGUAAAGUGAGGCUUCAGAACUACCUUGGAGGCCAGGUCAAUGAAGGAGCUGACAUGGUUACUGGAACUACAGCUUGGGGUGGAGGCACUACAGCUUGCCGCAUGCCCACUCUUCACCCCUUCUUGAAUGUACCACUAGUUUUGCAUUGUACAACUGGUUCUUUCUUGCCCUGCCCCUUACUUUUGGCCACUGCUGGCCACACACACACAUCUUUGGCUCUGGCUGAAUUUAGUAUCCAGAAAUCCAAAGUAUGGAGUGGGGAAAACUCAAGAGUUUCUUCCUUACAGCCCAACUUGUCAGGAAGAUAAUAAAGGCAGCUUUCAGAGUGGAUUA